UGUGGUUUACACAGGGACAUCAUCCACUCUCGCAUUCACUUCAUGUGCACUCAUUCAGGAUGGCGAGCCGUCUUGAACACCCAGCUGGUGGAUAUAAGAAACUGUUUGAGACGUGUGAAGAAUUGCCAGAGCCCAUUUCUGCUCAGGUCUCAGGCAAAAUCCCUACAUGGCUGACCGGCAGUCUCCUUCGCCUGGGCCCUGGACUCUUUGAGAUCGGAGAACAGCCUUUUCACCAUCUUUUUGACGGACAAGCUCUCAUGCACAAGUUUGACCUAAAGGAUGGGCGUGUGACAUAUCAUCGCAGGUUUAUCCGAACUGAUGCGUAUGUGCGAGCCAUGACUGAGAAAAGGAUUGUGAUCACUGAGUUUGGCACGGCUGCAUAUCCAGAUCCGUGCAAAAACAUCUUUUCCAGGUUUUUUACUUACUUCCAAGGCAUUGAGGUGACGGAUAACUGCCUUGUCAACGUCUAUCCCAUCGGUGAAGAUUUCUAUGCCUGCACGGAAACCAACUACAUAACCAAAGUCGAUCCUGAUACAUUGGAAACAAUUAAAAAGGUUGACCUUUGCAAGUACGUUUCGGUCAAUGGAGUGACUGCGCAUCCACAUAUUGAAGAAGAUGGUACCUUAUAUAACAUUGGAAACUGUUUUGGAAAGAACAUGUCACUGGCCUACAACAUAGUCAAGAUUCCUCCAGCACAGGAAGAUAAUUCAGAUCCCAUUGAAAAGUCUGAGGUUUUGGUGCAGUUUCCAAGCAGUGAGAGAUUAAAACCAUCCUAUGUCCAUAGCUUUGGCAUGACAGAGAGCUACUUUGUGUUUGUUGAGACUCCAGUGAAGAUCAACCUGUUAAAGUUUUUGACGUCUUGGAGCAUCAGAGGGACGAAUUAUAUGGACUGCUUUGAGUCAAAUGACCAAAUGGGUACUUGGUUUCAUUUAGCCACCAAGAAUCCUGGAAUAAACAUCGAGCACAAAUUCAGAACAUCUGCCUUCAAUGUGUUUCAUCAUAUUAACUGUUUUGAGGACCAAGGCUUUGUUAUUGUUGACCUUUGCACAUGGAAGGGGCAUGAGUUUGUGUAUAAUUAUCUGUAUUUGGCAAACCUAAAACAAAAUUGGGAGGAAGUGAAGGCAGCAGCCUUGAGAGCACCACAGCCAGAAGUACGGAGAUAUGUGCUACCACUGGAUCUUCACAGGGAGGAGCAGGGGAAGAAUUUGGUUUCUCUACCGUACACCACAGCCACUGCGGUUUUGUGCAGUGAUGGGACAGUUUGGCUGGAGCCUGAGGUUCUGUUUUCUGCACCACGUCAGGCAUUUGAGUUUCCUCAGAUCAACUACAAAAAACACUGUGGGAAAAAUUACACCUUUGCUUAUGGACUCGGACUAAAUCACUUCAUUCCAGACCGGAUUUGCAAGUUGAACGUGAAAAGCAAAGAAACAUGGAUAUGGCAGGAGCCAGACGCAUAUCCAUCCGAACCUCUGUUUGUACAAAGCCCUGAUGCCAAAGAUGAAGAUGAUGGUGUUCUUCUGAGUAUCGUGGUGAAACCAGGGGUUAUCCAGAGGCCAGCCUUCCUCCUCAUACUCAAUGCCACUGACCUGACAGAAAUAGCUCGUGCAGAGGUUGAUGUCAUCAUACCGGUCACCUUGCAUGGCACAUACAAACCGUAAUGAACCACAAGAGCACAGACUACAUUUUCAAAUAAUCAAGUGGAACAUUUAAUGCUAAUAACAUAGGUACAGAUUUUUUAUAAUGUAUUGCUUUUUCUAAAUAAAACUUUUUUUUAAAUGAA